GGAUGAAGGAGAAUUAAGGACGUUGGUUCAUUUUUUCAUUUAAAUGAGAAAAGAAAGACUUUCCAUAUUCAUAUGUGCUGAUCAUUAUGGCGCAAGCAGGAGCAACUUUAAACAGCCGUGGAAUAAUACCUGCCCAGAAGAGAAAGGAAAGCAUUCACUGUCAUUUCACUGUCAUUUGUUUUCAGACUGAAGUGCUGCAGUACUGUUCAGUGGUCGUGAUAUGUUGAUACCAUAGUGGAUCAGGGUAGAACUGGGAUUCUACCGCUCCAUAAAAUGCUGAAAUGACUGGCUGUAGGUAUUACCACUGUAAUAACCUUACGUGCUCACCUCCGCCGUGCUGCGUGACCUGCCUGGCUAAAGCCCAUUGUGCCUCUGUCCCUUCUGCCUCUCCACGGAGGUGGAGCACCUUGACCUGCAGGGUUCCUUUGCUCCAGCACAGAAGAGGUGGCCCUGGACACAGACCGCGUGCCCUGUCAGUGGGGGCACUGUGGGAUUUGUGGCACUUGUCUCACGUGGGACAAGCAUGUGGCCUCUCGGUGGGACAAGAGGUUCAGGAAGCCCCGAAUCCUGAAAUGGCUAAAGUUAGGGAGAAAAGGGCUCAAGUACCAUGCUGGGCUGGGCCCUCUGCCAUAGGUAUGUGCCCCAGCCCUUCAAGCCAACUGUUAAGUAAAAAGAGGGAUUCCCUUGCCACCGGCUCCUGAGACCUACAGCACCUUUACUGAAAUAGAUGGAUCCUGGUCAUGUGUAUAAACAACAGGAUUUCAGUGUUAAAUGUCUCCCAUUACAAUUGUCUGUGAUCUUGUCAGCAAAGUGUAGGAAGUGAUUCAGCUUACUUAGAGGUAGGAAAAUCAGGCUGAAUCCACUUGUCUGCACACAGCCAUCUACUCCCAUUUGAAAUGCAAAGACGUUUGCAUGGCGCUAGUGCAGAUGACACGUAACCUACGGAAAACUUGUGUCCCUUCGGAAGGAAGCGGGCAGAAUACCCUCAAGUCAUCUCACCUACACGUGGGUGACUGAACUGAGGGGGUGGCUGAUCAAGAGAAUGUCUCUACACUCCGUUACUCACAUGUCAAGACCUAAAGGUAGGUAUCCGAAAAAUCUAUGAACUACAUUCCACCCAAAAUAUCUAGUAAUAUUGAUAUUUUGUAAUGUCGUGCAUUCUGCUGGCAGCAGUGCUCUGAAACACGCUAAUCCUGUUACCCAUCUAUGUCAUCGCUGUACAGCAAGUAAAGCCGUUUAUUCUCUUUCAGCAAACAUAAACAAGUCUUGCAAGUCUUCAACUAUGUGGCCAUUCACACGAGGAACCCCAAUGAAGCAAUGCAGUGCUGUCAACACUGGCUGCCAGGCACGCAGGACAACACCUGUGCAUCACUGAGGACUUCUGUGCAUGGCAACAGCAGAGUAUUGCCUCAGCCAUUCCACAGACCAGGACAACAGCAGCCUUGGCCAUCAGCAGAUGGAAUGCGAGCAAAAACAGAAAAGAUAAGAUCUUCUCUGAAGAAUGUGAAAAGAGAUACAGGAAAACCAGAGAAACUUAAAUAUAAGCCACUCACUGGGAAGGUGUUUUACCUUGAUAUUCCAUCAAAUGUGGUCUCUGAAAAAAUAGGAAAGGACCUUAAAGAACUGGGAGGGAGAGUGGAGAGUUUUCUUAGUAAAGAUAUCAGCUAUCUGGUGUCUAAUAAAAAGGAGGCAAAAUUUGCACCAGCUCUUGGUCAGAUUUCUCCUGUUCCGAGCCCAGAAUCUGCACGUAAUGGAGGAAAUAGUUCACCUCAUCCUAGCAACCAAAAAGAUCGACAUGAUGGAAGUUCAUUUAAGAUAGUAGAUACAGUACGUAUGAGCAGAGGAAAAUCCUUAGUUGAAAAAGCAAUCAAAGAGCAGGACUUAAUCCCCUCUGGUAGUGUACUAUCCAAUGCUUUGAGUUGGGGAGUGAAGAUACUUCAUAUCGAUGAUGUUAAGAACUACAUUGAACAAAAGAAAAAGGAGCUUUACCUAAUCAAAAGAGCAGGGAGUUCUUUUAAAGAUGUGGGAAAACAAGGUACUGCUUCAAAGUCAAGAAGUAGACUGAAAAAUCCAUUUGUCAAGGUGGAAGAUAGAAGUCGCCACUACCGGCCGUUUUAUCUGCAGUUACCCAGUUUUCCUGUUCUGAACUACUGUGUUCCGAAACCGUAUAGCCCGUUUGAGGUGGAUAAGAAGCAUCCUCCUGGUCAAAAGCAAACUCAGUAUAAGCAAAGAAACAAAAUAAAUAGUGACAAGGACUGUGGAAUUCCCGUUCAGCUCCCUCAGAAGGACAAAAAAAAGAGAGGAUAUUGUGAAUGUUGUGGGAAGAAAUAUGAAGAUCUGCAAACACAUCUCGAAAGUGAACAGCACCGAAAUUUUGCACAAAGCACACAGUAUCAAAUUGUUGAUGAUAUAAUCUCAAAGUUUGUUUAUGAGUUUGUUGAAUACAAAGAUGAUGCAAAAAAAAUAAAAAGGACAAAAUGUAGUACAGGAUAUUUUUCUCCUAUGAUUGGAAAGAUAACCAGAGCAGAUGAGCUGAAAGAAAGACUGAAAAAGCAACGCGUUUCACUGAAAAGUUAUUCGUGGAAGGAUACGGCAAUGCGGGCACUCAAACUGGAUCGCCAGCCUGCAGAAGUACAACCAAAUUCUGUGCCAAUACCUACCCCUGUUCCUGGAUCUGUCUGUUCAGUUCUUUAUUGUCACGAGUCACAACCUUCAGAACUAAAAAGUAAAUUCAGAAAUAAUGAUGAAAAUACUAAAACGGAUUGCUCCUGUGCUGCAAACUUAAGAGAGGCUGUUGUAUCAUCAAAUUUCGUACAACCACCCCCUCAGAAAGAUGACAAAGCAUAUACGGAGAACUUGUCUCCAGCUUAUGAGCCAUUCAGUAAAGAAAUACUGGAACCAGAAGUAAAUAAAAAGAACAUACAGUGUUUUCAGGAAGGUACGUGUACUUUAUAUUCUCAUACACAAGUCACAGAUUUCAGUGAAAAAGACAAACACCUAUCACAGACAAAACGAAAAUUAAAUAAUGCAGUAGUUCUACCAGCGAAAUGCUUGAAAAAAACAGAUGCCAAUCCUACAUUUGUCAAGAAACAGGGUGAUUUAUGUGAUAAUCAUCAACAGAUGCAGCACAAUGUAGUUCUGGAGGCUGAGGUAUCUGAUAGUGCUAUAAACAAAGAACUUAAUGAAUCGGCUGCCAGCCCUGCACAUAGUUCACCGUCUGGAAAGCUGCGCAGAAAAGUGAAGCUUUACUUGGGAAGAAAUAAGAGAGAAACCCGGAAACAGAAUAUGGAGUUAUGCGUAAAGUGUACAGAUGGACUGUCUGUGCCCGAAGAGAAGAGAAGUUCUUGUAGCUCACCAGUGCAGGCCCUACUGGAAUUAUUUCAGACAAGUGAAAUAAACUCAGAAUUUGGAGGUUUUUCAGGUUACACUGAGACCAAAGGUUCGACUAGCAUAAAAGAUAUAUGGGAAGGGCAGAACACAAAUGUUAUGUGGUCAUUAUUUUCCUCCUCAUCCUCAUCCCCAUUUGUUGGAUUUUAAUGCUGCUUUAUUUAAUGUAAUGAUUUUCAAAUAAACUUGCAAAUUUAAGAUUUUA